AUACCGUAACUACACGUGGUCUGAGUACUCCUGCGUUAUCCGCUUGUGAUUGCCAUUAAGUAAGUGGAUUAAAUUGUGUUCCUUGAAAAUGGCUAGCCCACAGGAUAGGAUAAAGACAGUGAAAUAUUAUGAGAAAGAUUCAGUUAUUCCUGUUGAAGAAGACUUUCUGCAUGAGUUCAAGGGUCACAGAAACCUUGCAGUUGAGGAAUUACCUCCAAGUUCACAAGUCCAUGCAAGACAAGAGAAGGCAACACGCAAAGCGGCGUCCAGAAACAUAAACGCCUUUUUGAACACGGGUAAAGGUGGCACAUUAUACAUGGGAAUUCUUGAUGAUGGGACUGUAAAGGGAAUUGACCUGACUCAGUACCAGAAAGACCAUGUUCAAGCCAGUUUGGAUGAUUUGAUGAUGCGCUAUUCCCCACCAGUGAAGCCGCAUCGAUACAAACUGCAGUUUAUUCCAGUUCUGGAUAAGGCAUUAUCAGAGCAAGCCAAACUGCAACAAUGUGCAUAUGAACAACGCAUGAUAGGUCUGUCCACUGAGGAAGAGCGGCUACGACCUCAUCAGCUACGGACAGCUCUUUUCUGCUGGUGUGACAAGGACGCCAUUGCUCAGAAAAACAUGGGCCAAAUUUCCACAUCCUAUGUCAUUGAAGUGCACAUCAAAUCAUGGGACCCAAGUGACUAUAGGAACCUAGAGGGCGCUGUAACCUCCACCAACCUUAACCCUAUUCAUGAAGAUGAAGAAGGAAAUGCCUACUUCCGAAGACAGGCCAGUGUUGUCAUGUACACUAUGGCUGAAUUGGCGGAAUUAACCAAGAGUGAAGUUCGCAAGAUUUAUGACCCACAGAUAUCAAGUUUGAAAGACGAAAUUGAGAGGUGUCUUCAGAGUUUAAAUGAACAAGAGUCAUGAUAGUUUAAUUCCUGACCUGUCAGAUGUCAAGAUGGCAAGAGAAGUUGAAACUGCAGAUGGAUACAAAUCAAGAAGGGAAGGUGCUUGAAAGUUUCAAGAAGACCAGCACUCUGGAGAGAUAUCUUUGGUUUCUUAUAUAACUGAUUAUAUGCCUCCAUAAAAAAGUGUUAUCCAUUUACUGAAUUGGUGUGUAUAAUCCUGACAAGUCUUGUAAUUCUAGACAGGUUAAAAGUCUUUUUCAAAGCUACUUUUGAUUUCUCAUGGUCAUGUAAAUGUACAUUCAAGAGGCAAGCUUAAUUUCUUAUGUUCGAUUUUUAAAGUGUGUGCAGGGGAUCUUCUGCUUGAUGAAAGCUAUUUUACUGACAACUGUUAAGUUUUACCUUUUUUUUUUCAGACAUGGUUAAUGUUUGCCCUUUCAUAUGUUAUGAUUACAUUCAUUUUCCAAAGAUAGCUGACAAAUUAUCAUUAUGAUCUCUCCUAAGUAGUGUAUAAUUUUUCAGUUUUUGUAUUAGUGUUUCUAAUUUAUCUCCGACAUUAUUCCAACAUUCCUCGUGUUCACCACCAGUGCUGUAAUUCUUCAACCUUUUCGCAUGUUUGCAAGGUGUUUAUUCAAGCAUAUUCUGGAGGCAUUAUUCUGUGUAGACUCACGAAGUUGUACUUUUGGUGAAGCCCUGAAACUGGUCAAUCCAACCAAUGUAGUUUUGUCUCCAAAAUCAGAUUAAGAUAGAGCAAGAAUUACAGUGAAAUUGCUCUUUCAUUAGGAAUUAGGAUAAUUGUACAUGUACACAAGGUCAAACCAUUCCAUACAUCUUUUACACUUUGUGAACAAGUUCACAUAUUCCGUUCAAGUUUUAGAAAGAAAUUAAGGCUUCAAAAUGGGAUUUGUCCACACUCAUAAUGGGGUUUGUCUAUAAUCAUACACUCAAAAUGGGAUUUGUCCAUAAUCAUACAUUCAAAAUGGGAUUUGUCCAUAAUCAUACAUUCAAAAUGGGAUUUGUCCAUAAUCAUACUCAAAAUGGGAUUUGUCCACACUCAAAAUGGGAUUUGUCCAUAAUAAUACAUUCAAAAUGGGACUUGUCCAUAGUCAUACUCAAAAUGGGAUUUGUCCAUACUGGGAUUUUAAGGAAAGUUUUGGUUAGGUUACAGAUUACGAAUUAAGAGUGAGAGUUUUUGGCAAGUUGCCAUUCAUUCUGGACUGACACUGUGAAACGAACUCCCUACACAUCAAUCACAGGAUGUUAAUAUCUUUACAAACAAAUCGAAAUGUUUAUCCUGUCAAAAUAUGUCUCUGUUCAGUAAGUGUAAAAUAGUCUAAUAUGUACAUUGUAUAUAGUCGGUGACCACUGUUUAUCAUAUUCAUGUACAUUAUAUAUAUACCAUAUAUACAUGAAAAUAACUUUUAGUGCGAGUUUGUGUUAUUAAUGGUUUUGCGUGGAAUAUUGGUUUUGUAGCUGAUUGAUCUCCCUCAAAAAGUCAAGUAUUAUUAUUAUUAUUCACAUACCAUAAAAGUAACCAGAAUGAAAGACACAUAAUAAAAAAAUAAAUAUUAAGCUUACAUUAAAACCAGAAAAGGCCCCUGGGCUAUGCCCAGUUUCCUCCUCAACCAUAAUGCUGGCCGCUGUCAUAUAAGUUAAAUAUUCUUGAGUACAGAGUAAAACACAGAUCAAAUAAAUAAAAUAAAUAAAUAAAAUCACAAAAGGUACGAGUUCUAAAUCGACAAUCAACAUUUUCCUCAAGUCCCCACUGCUCUUCCCCGAGUUAAUACAAGAUCACAUCUGGAAUGGUUAUUUCUCAGAUAGCAUCGUAUGGCUGACACAUGUACUGGAAUUUCCAUAUCAAAACCAGUGAAAAUGCUGGUCUGAGUGAGAUUCGAACCCACAACUGGAAUAUUCUGUCUACCACCUGCAAUACCAAGCCAGAUGGGAAUGGCUUGUUUGUCGGAGCCCACUUCAUAAUCCAGGCAUGAAUGACUUUUAAGUUAGGCUCUUAACAUUGAUGUUACAAGGUACCAUUUUUGAUACAUAUAAACAGCGCCAAAUAGAUGUCAUCAGUACACCAUGUAGCUGCC